GCCUGAAAAUGAGCUCCCCAUAUCUACUUAUAGCCUCACAUCUCAUUCACUUGAAAGAGAAACAAAACACAGAGGGGGAGUUAGUUAGAGAUGGUCAAAUUGAGAUCGAAGAAGCUCUUCAAGACAAGUUCUAAGGUCGGCAUAUGCAGCGGCGGCGGCGACGGCGGCGGAGGAGGAGGCAAGUGCCGUCGUGAGAUAGAGUGGGAGCUACGGCCCUGUGGCUUGCUGGUUCAGAAAAGAGAGGCCAUCGGAGCCGAUGAAAGCAAGGCGAUGAUCAAUGUGAGGGUCUCCACUGGUUUGCGGUGGCUUCAUAUUUCCAUCAGUGCCACUGCAACCUUUGGUGAGCUUAAGGUGAUCGUGUCCAUGGAAACAGGCUUAGAGCCGAGGGAGCAGAGGCUUCUGUUUAAGGGGAAGGAGAAGGAAGAUGGAGAUCACUUGCAUAUGGUUGGGGUGAAAGAAGGGGAUAAAGUGUUACUUUUGGAGGAUCCAGCUAUUAAAGAGAGAAAGCUUAGAAGCAUUGGAAGUGCAAUGAAGGCAAUGGAGAUCAAAGGCUCUUGCCCUGCUGCCAUACCAGCUUAGUUUUAAUUAAAUCUUGAUAAUUUUGUUCAUGAUGUAAUUUACUAACGGUUAAUUAUAUGAAGAAGUGAAGUGGCGAAAGCUAUAUGGAUGGAAAAAACAAAUCUUGUUGAUGCUCAAGGAGGAUCAUGCGAUGUUAUUAAGAGAUUUUUUUUGGGUAAGUGAGUAGUUCUGAUGAAUCAAACAUUGGAAUCAUGAUGGAAA